CCAAGAAACAACGAACGGAAAAAUUCUCGUUUGUAGUACGGUACGUACGGAAAUUGAGUCGUACACGACUUCGUAUCGUCGUGAUUACCAAGAAAAGUACGAACUCAAAAAAAAACAUGCCUUACGAAUUCUUCGCUCUCACCGUGCCGGUAUGAACUCGUACGUACCGGUACGAGUCGAACGAUCGAAAGGCAUGCAAGCAGCGGGCGACGUGGAAACUGCUCACGGAGUGGAUUUUGUCGGCGCACUCGUGCUUUCCUCGAAGGCCCAUCGCGUGCCAACCAAGCGAGGCAAACCAACCGGCGGCACGAGACCGACACACAACGACACCCUCGAUGGAACGGUGCGUGUCGUUGCGUUUCAUUGCGUUCCGUUGCGUGACGCUGCGUGACGCUGCGUUGCGAUGUGUUUCUCCAAACCCCGUGCUGCGGUUUCGCGCGGACUCGGGGUGUAGCAUUCCGUGCGGUGGUUCCGAGGGGCCCCCGCCGCAAACCCAGCCACGACCGACCGCAGCGGUUGCUCCGCAAAAGGGCGACAGCAAGGAACCGGACGCACCACCAAGCCCGAUCGUUGUGGGACGCAACGCACAAAACUUCGGAAACCGUGGCUCCCUKYAUUWUUUGGWCUCGCGAAUGCGAGAGGGCAUGGGUGUGUGCCAGAGUGAGAUGGAGAGGCGRUKCGURUGCUUUGUUGUGGGAUUGGUCCACGGUGGAAACACUCUGGGCAGCGCCGCAAAUUUUUGGGGGAGUCUCCACGCCCAGCGGUGGUUGCAUCAUUCUGUUGGACGAUACAACAGACGACCACGGCGGAUCCCRAAAAAAGAGAGGACCGCAACGGUCGCUCCCUCCGGAAUGGAAUGUUUGUUCCCCGUGCGGCAKRCUGCUACGCGGCAGCUCCGUGUACCAAGCCGGAUUGAUGUCUCGGAGGUUGGUUCCCACAAUCCGAAGGCAAACACCAUCGAUGCCAUCGAUCGCCCAGAUCUUGAAAAUAGUCAUGAGCAACAAAGAAGACAAGGGUGAGAUCCCCGCCACCGUUAGCUUUGACGUCGGAGGAACGGUGUACAAGGUCUCUCGAUCACUCCUCGAUCUAUUUCCCGAUACGAUGCUCUCGAGGAUGGUCUCGGAGACCUGGAUGGAUGUUCAAAAAAAGGACCAAGAGGAAGAAGCAGCACCGAUCUUUAUCGACAGAAACGGGGAGCGCUUUCAGCACGUUUUGGACUACAUGAGAGACGGCCAGAAGGUGACCCUGCCGGCAACGGUCUCCAAAGCUAGUUUCUUGAAGGAUCUCGAGUAUUUCGGGUUUCAAAACGUGGACGCCAGUAGCGUGACCGAAGGACCCUCGCUUCGAGCGUACAUGGCAAUGYUUGAACGAAUGGACGUGUUUGGAACCGAGUUGGACAAACGGAAUGRAGAAGUCGAAAUCCAUGAUCUUGCUUACUAUUGCUUUUUGAUGGUCAUGCGCUACAGAAGGUUCRAAUUUSAUGUUUCAACUUCCAACUUCGACCAGUUGUACGCGCUUGGGCACUYUAAGUACCAURAAAGUAAUGAACAUUUUCUGAAAAAAAUGCAAAAUACAGUUUUGAAAGUGGAAGUGGCUGGAGAAGAACGAGCAUUGUUCGACAAAUCACUCCAAAGAUACGGGCUCGAAUGCGAGAAAAUUACACUUUAUUCUCGCAAUCACAAUAGUAAGUAUGACGGUGAAAAUUAURRUUUUACCGUACGGCUCACGGAAUGAGGUUGGCCCGUGAUUUUUAAAAUUAGGUCCCUUCAAUUUAGACCCUAGAUACAAUCCACUUUCGAAACACAUUAAUGUUGAUGCYACUUUUARUAGAUAAAUCACGGCAAUAUUGUCCCUUUCCGUAGCAAAURAAUCUAGUCUUMCCUAAUCAAAACGAAAUCAUAUU